AUGUCGUUGGUGUUUGGGCCAAGCUCGCAGGGAGCUCUUCUCGAUGUCGAGGAAACGGAUACAAGUAUGCCAAUUGACCCAGAACACGGCCAAUGGCUUUUUAUUGACAGCUGCAUAGUGCUUCCAAGCUCAGAAGCUGAAGGCACUCCACCUUCUCUUCCUCCCAAAGAAGUCACCAAGGUCGCUCUACGGUUAAAACACCUGGUCGAAGGGGUUGUUCCCUGCGAGCUCGAGGAGUCUGAUGUGACCAAGCCGAAUAGCACAAUCUUAACCAAAGCCGUUAUUGAAACCGCAAAGAAUGCUGGAGGGGAGGAAUACAAAGCUUGUGUCGUCUUUGGCCUACUCGUAUGCAUACGCUGGUUUAGAUUGCAGGCCGUCAGGGAGCUAUGGGACUCCGAUCUCCAUAACCUCAGGUCAGUGGCAUGUGAAGUCAUCGCGAAGCGCAUACUCGAAGGCGAAGAGGACCAAGGGUUCCUCAUGCAAGCGGUUCUAUUAAAACGGUAUUCGAUUGUCACUGCCAGCGAUGAAGUCACACCUCCCGCUAAUGUUAUCGAACGCGCCGUGGAUAUACAUGCCCUCCAGGUCAUAGGUUCAUCGGGAUAUCAAAAAUGCAUCAAGUAUCUUUGGCAUGGCUGGCUCUGCCAGGACGAUAAAGAUGCAUCCAAUUUCGUCGAAUACAAAGAGCGAACCAAUACAUCCUACUGGGCGCAUUUCAAUCCCGAUAGGAUGCGAGUGCCAAUCUACCAGAAUUUUGUGCAGAUAUUUUUCUCUAUAUUGUACCUGGCGCUCUACACGGGGGUGAUCAAUACGAUCAAUCCUACCGGUGAUCUCGACGUUGUGGAAGGCAUUCUCUAUCUGAUGACCUUUGCGUUUAUCUGCGACGAAUUCACCAAAUUUUGGAAGGUUGGUCGCAACUAUUUUGGAUUUUGGAAUGCUUUCAAUUCCACUCUUUACAUCCUCCUGGCGGUCUCGUUCAUCCUACGUGCCGUUGCCCUUACUCGCUCUUCCGAUUCUCACGACGCGGAGAGGGGACGGUUGAAUCAGCUCAGUUACAACUUUUUGGCGUUCUCUGCACCCCUCUUCUGGGGCCGACUACUUUUGUAUCUGGAUACAUUCCGUUUCUUCGGCGCUAUGCUCGUCGUGUUGAAGGUGAUGAUGAAGGAAAGCUUAAUAUUCUUCGCACUACUGGGCGUGGUCAUUAUCGGGUUCCUUCAGGGGUUUUCUGGAAUGGAUCAAGCGGAUCCUGACAAUAUCAUGACGCCUGGGAUGAUCCUUCAGGGUAUGGCAAACACAGUGAUGCAGAACCCUGAUUUCGACGCUUUCAAGAAUUUUGCAGCUCCGUUUGGCAUUGUUCUCUAUUACUUGUUCACCUUUGUGGUCAUGGUUGUGCUGUUGAAUAUCCUUAUUGCCUUGUACAAUAGCGCCUACGAAGACAUCACUGGGAAUGCAACCAAUGAAUACCUCGCGCUUUUUGCUUACCGCACUCUACAAUUCGUCCGCGCACCGGAUGAGAACGUCUUCAUCGUCCCCUUCAAUCUCGUCGAGAUCUUUUUGUUAAUUCUUCCGUUUGAAUGGUGGCUCUCGAGCAGGAAAUACGAACGCUUGAACCACUAUGUCAUGGGUGUCAUAUACUCCCCGCUCCUUUACGUCACUGCUUUUGUGGAAACAUGCCAUGCACGUCGAAUCCAAGUAAACAGACGCCUGGGUGAAGAGGAAGACGAUCAGACAGAGGAGUGGGAGGAGGCUGCGGCGUUGGUUGACGUGAACUUUGAUACUAUGGAUUGGGAUCAGAGGGUGCACGAGGUCAAGCCGAACGUCGAGGUUGAUCAAUGCGUGCUGGAGGUUAGGGACUUGAGGGCACAAGUUGAAGAGUUGAAGAAGCUCGUCAAGACCUUAGUAGAGGAGCGAGAAGAUCCCGCAAGGGCCAGAGAGGGUGGGGCUCCUGGGAAUGACGAUGAUUCUGGAGCAGACCAGUUGAUCUGA